GGCAAAGAAGUACGAGUGUGAUUAGGCGUGCAAUUAAAGAGCAGAUUUAUCUGUUAGUUUCAGAAUCAUCGAAAUAAAAAAUGUCAAUUCUGGACCAAACUAGAACUACUCUGCCACAUAUCCCGGGGCUGCCACCUCCGCCUGGACUAAUGGCUCCACACGCUUCGGAAGUUCCUCCAAACUCUGAAGUCCUGCUAGCUCUACUGGCCCGAAAUAAAACAUUAGAAGCAACAAUUCCAAAAUGUGGCGGAUGCCAUGAGCUAAUUUUGGAUAGAUUUAUUUUGAAAGUUGCGGACAGAACAUGGCACGCCAAAUGCCUACAGUGUACAGACUGUAGAAUGCAGCUCACAGACAAGUGCUUCGCAAGGAACGGACAACUUUUCUGUAAGGAAGAUUUUUUUAAGCGCUUCGGAACAAAGUGCGCAGGUUGCGAGCUGGGCAUUCCACCAACACAGGUCGUGCGCAGAGCACAAGACAACGUCUACCAUCUUCAAUGUUUUGCAUGCGUAAUGUGCGCACGGCAGCUCAACACAGGCGACGAAUUCUACCUCAUGGAAGAUAGGAAACUUGUGUGUAAACCCGAUUACGAAACGGCAAAGUCGAAAGGUGUUGCGGGAAGUGCUUGGGGAAUAUCUAGGAAAUACCUUGCAUCCACUUUUCCAUGAUAUAAGCAAAAAGUGUGCCCGAGUUUCCAUUGUUAUCAUUGAGCAUCACAUUGAUUCAAUCUAUUAUACUUUGUCACUCCUGCCCAUUGACUAUUUAACCACCUUGAAACUUUGCUUAAUGGCCAAUUUCGAAUUGCGCCUCUCGGACCUAAUAAAUCCCACAAAUCAACUAAAAAACUUAUUUUGAGCGGUAUCUGCACUUCUACA